CAGCUUCCGGUUCUUUGACAAUCUCUGUGCUUCAUCAGAUUCUUAAUCAACCUCCGUUUUACGAGAGAAAAGGUUAACAAAAUUUGAAGAUGGCGAAGAAUUCGAGCACAGGAAGUGCGAAGAAGAAGAAAAGUAAGGGAAAGAUAAACAAAAAGCUGAGCUCUUUAAAUUCAGAUUCAAAGAAAAUCAAAGGGCCCAAGGAGAACCCGUUUGAGAACAUAUGGUCGCGGCGAAAAUUCACUAUACUGGGCAAGAAACGCAAGGAUGAAGAAAGACGCCGUAUUGGGCUCUCGCGCUCUCUCGCCAUCCAGAAGAGGCAGAAGACGCUGCUGAAAGAAUAUGAGCAAAGUACAAAGUCUUCUACUUUUGUGGAUAAGCGAAUUGGAGAGCAAAAUGAAGGACUUGAGGAGUUUGAUAAGGCAAUUUUGAGGUCUCAGCGCGAACGGCAGUUGAAAUUAAAAAAGAAAAGUAAGUUCAAUCUCUCUGAUGGUGAGGAAGACAACUUUGAGAUUCAAGGCGGUGGUUACUUCCCAGGAAGGGAUGAUUUUGAAGACGACGAACCAUUUUACGGGGAUGAUUAUGAUGAUGAUCUACCAGUUGGACAAAACAAAGGACAAUUUGAUUCCCAUGAGGCAGAAGGUGAACCAGUUUCAGGAUCUGCUGAAGAACAAAAUAGGCCUAAGACCAAGAAGGAAGUGAUGGAGGAUAUUAUAUUCAAAAGCAAAUUUUUCAAGGCUCAAAAAGCAAAGGAAAAGGAAGAAAGUGAACAGUUUACCGAGCAAUUGGACAAGGAUUUUGCUUCUUUAGUUCAGUCAGAGGCCCUCUUGUCAUUGACACAACCAAACAAGAUGAGUGCUCUCAAUGCUCUUGUAAACAGCAGAAACUCAAAUGAUAAUGCAAAGGAAGAGGAGGCACCUAGAAUGUAUAACAAAGUCUCCACUCAGCAUGAAAAACCUGAUCACUAUGACAAACUGGUGGGUGAAAUGGCACUUGAUAUGAGGGCUCGGCCAUCGGACAGGACAAAGGCACCUGAAGAGCUGGCACAAGAAGAGAAGGAGCGUCUAGAGCAGUUGGAGGAAGAACGUAGGAAAAGGAUGGCUGCUGGUGAUGAUUCCAGCGAUGAAGAUGCUGAGAAUUUUGAAGAUGAUGACGGUGAAGCUUCAAAACAGAUUAGUCAUAUAUCUGGGGAUGAUCUUGGUGAUUCCUUUUCUGAAGCCAUUCCAAAGACUAAAGCUGUCUGGAUUGAUGACUUACUUAAAAAAGAUGGUGUUACUGAUCCUGAGACGGAAGAUGCUCCAACUUCUGGAGAUGAAGAAGAUGAUGAUAACGAGGAAGAUGAUGAUGAGGAGGAGGAAGAAGGAUCAGAAGAGAGCAGUGGUGAAGAUGAAAAGGCUCAGUCUCUCAAGGACUGGGAACAGAGUGAUGAAGAACAAAUUGAUUCGGAGGAUGAAGAAGAAGACAAUGGCAGUGAUGAUGCUACUGGUAAAAAAGUUAUCGUGGAAAACCAGAAGAAGAUAUUAAAAACCAAGGGAAAUCAAAAUAAUGAUGCAGGUGCUCUCGGAGUGAAAACGAUUCUUAAAGAGGAUGUGCAUAAGAAAGGGGAGCUUCCAUACACAAUUGAAGCUCCAAAAAAUUUUGAAGAAUUUAGUGCCUUACUGAAAGAUCUUUCUGAUGAUCAAGUUGUGGAAGCUAUCAGGAGGAUUCGAACAUAUAAUGCUAUUGCUGUUGCUGCCGAGAAUCGGAAAAAGAUGCAGGUGUUCUAUGGCGUAUUGUUGCAAUACUUUGCUGUUUUAGCAAGCACAAAGCCACUAAAUUUCAAGUUACUUAAUUUGCUCGUCAAGCCGCUAAUGGAAAUGAGUACCGAGAUCCCGUACUUUGCAGCCAUUUGUGCUCGUCAGAGGUUGCUUCGUACCCGUACCCUGUUCUGUCAGGAUAUUAAGAAUACAGGAAAUAAUUGUUGGCCAUCUCUCAAGACACUUUUCCUCAUGAGGCUGUGGUCUAUGAUUUUUCCAUGCUCUGAUUUCCGCCAUGCUGUUAUGACUCCUGCUAUCCUGUUGAUUUCUGAAUACCUUAUGCGGUGUCCGAUAACUUCUGGCCGAGAUAUUGCGAUUGGCUCCUUCUUGUGCUCUUUAUUGCUAUCUGUCAGUAGACAAUCCCAAAAGUUCUGCCCUGAGGCUAUUACAUUCUUGCAGACUAUGUUAAUGGCAGCUCUAACUAACAGACAAAGAUACGAAGCUUCUCAGUUAUGCCAUCUUAUGGAAUUAAAGGCUCUAAGGUCAUUACUCCAUAUGCAAGGACAAGUUGAAGAGAUUAACUCUUUGGAUUUUCUAACACUAAUGGACUUGCCAGAUGAUUCUCCUUAUUUUACCUCGGACAAAUUCAGGGCGAGCAUACUUUGUGCAAUAAUUAGGAACCUUAAAGGAUUUGUGGACAUUUACGAGGGAUUCAAGUCAUUCCCGGAGAUAUUUUUGCCAAUGGCAAAAAUAUUACACGGACUGGCAGAAGAAGAUCUGAUACCGGAUGCAUUGAAGAAAGAAUUCAAAGAUGUUGCACAGCUUAUCGAGACCAAAUCUGAGGAGUACCAGUCGCUGCGACUGCCUCUGAGAAUCCGAAAGCAGAAGGUUAUCAAAACAGCCAUUCCAAAGUUUGAGGACAACUUUGUGAAGGGAAGAGAUUAUGAUCCAGAUCGGGAGCGAGUGGAGAGGAAGAAGCUGAAGAAACAACUGCAGCAGGAGGCGAGAGGUGCUGUGCGUGAACUAAGGAAAGAUAACCACUUCUUGUUUGAGGUGAAGGAACGGGAGAAGGCGCGAAUGCAGGAAGAAAAAACUGAGGUGUAUGGAAAGUAUAGAGCUUUCCUCCAAGAACAGGAGCAUGCAUUCAAGUCUGGCCAGUUGGGGAAAAAUAAGAAGAGAAGACGAUGAAGAUGACAACCCUGUCUGUUCUGGUAAUUUUUAUCUUUUAAUUGUUUGAAGACCAGAUGGAUGCUCUACAGGUGCUUGCUUCAUCCCAUCUGUACAGAUUCAUGGAUGAAGUUUUUGAUUUAGUUUAAUUUUUAUCUGUUGUAGUUUGUGUUAUUGUACCCAUAAUUCUUCUUAUUUCAUGGAUAGUUGGUUUUCUGAUCUAUAAAAAAAAGUUAAUAGACAUGUUCUAUGCCAA